AUGUCCGCCAAACCAGAGAUUGCGAAUAGAGUAUACAUUGGCAACGUCGACUACAAAGCCCAGGAAGACGAAUUGCGCCAGUUGUUCGCCGACUUGAACGUGACUGACGUCGAGAUCCCCAGCAAGACCGUCGAGACCCGUAAGGGUCCUUACCAGCGUAAGCUUGGGUUUGCCUUUGUUGAGUUUGCCCUGGACGCCGACGCCGACGCCGCCAUUGACCAGUUUAACGGCCACCAGUUCUUGCGCCGGAACAUCCUGAUCAAGAAAGCGGUGCCUCCGUUGACUGAAGAAGAAAAACAGGCACGCAACAAGGCGUACAAGGAGAAGAAGCAGGCGAUUGUCGCUGAGAAGAAGCGCAAGAAGGACGAGGCUCGCCAACGCCAACAGGAACAGGAGGAAGCGCUUAAUAACGGCACCGACGAGCUGGCAGCGGCGACGCUGACGGCUCAGGCUCCGGCAGAGACUGCUGCUGCCACCAAGGUGCCUGACGGCGAGCCGUCGCCCGACACCGUCUUCGUCACCAACCUCGACUACCGGGUGACGGUGCUGACAUUAAAGGGUUUGUUUAAGGACCUUGAGCCCAAAUGGGUGUACAUUCCCUUGCGCAAGACGCAGUGGAAGGGCCGUCAACAGGGGCGUAGAGCCUACAACAAGGGGAUUGCCUUUGUCAAGUUCCCGCUGCUGGAGCUCCAGAAGAAGGCGAUUGCCGAAUUCAACGGCGCCGAGGUGCUGGGGCGUAAUAUCGUCGUCGACGUGGCGAUAAAUACUCGGGCCAACGAUGCCGAACGGGCGGAAGAGGCCGACGCCGCCGCCGAUGACGAGCUGCUGAAGCCGGCUCAAAACGGCGAACCGGAAAAGAAGAAGCCUCGGGCCAAGUCGCGGGCCAAAAAGGCGAAGACCCCUACCGACGGUGCUAAGUCGCUGAAGGAGACUGCCCCGGCGGCGGAGCUGGCAACGCCCCCGGCGGCGGAAUCCGUAGAGGCGGCGGCCGCGUCGGAGUAA